CUCCGAGUCCUAAACCCUAAAAAGACGAAUACAGAACCCUGGAAACACGGCUUCUUCCAUUGCCAUUCUACUUCACAGCUUCUCUCUUCUCUUUUCCUCUCAGUACAUAUAAUAAUACACACACACACACACACACACACACACACACAUACACUCUGGCAGAGAGAUCAAUGGCCGGUGGUCGAUUUAGAGAACUAUUGAGGAAAUACGGCAAGGUGGCGUUAGGAGUACACUUCUCGGUAUCGGCGGCGUCAAUGACCGGUCUCUACAUCGCCAUCAAGAACAACGUCGACGUGGAGGCUGUGCUUGAGAAGGUCGGCAUGGGCGGCGGUGUCUCCACCGCCAAUCGGGAACAAGAACAAACGCCUCCCAUAAGCCACCAAUCAGAUGUCGAUGAGAUUGUUCAGAAUAAGAAGAGGAACCGGACGGCCGAACUGGCUGCUUCGAGCGGUGGGGCACUGGCACUUGCCUUACUCUGUAACAAGGCUCUGUUUCCGAUUCGAGUUCCGAUCACCGUCGCGCUUACGCCUCCGGUUGCCAGGUUCUUGGCCAGGCGCAGAAUUAUCAAGAACAGUGUAUGAUCUUGGGUGCCUUUAACUCUUACAUUUUGUAAUACUGUUAUCCUAGAAUGAACAUCGAAAAUAAUAAGACAUGUGAAAUGUUUUAGUUUUGAAUUGUAUGGUGAAUUGAAAAUGUUAGAUAAUCCUAUCCCCAUUCGCUUUGAAUCUUAGCUCAAAAAGUUAGGAAGUAGAAUGUGAGAUUACCCUCCAAAUGUGUGUUUUUUAGCAACCGUAUGUUGGUUGGGAUAGUUGGCAAAUGCAGGAAUUUAUUAUUUUCAGCUUUUGUUUUCUGGCUACAAAUUAUAAAAAGAAAAUAGCAUAUGAUCUUUCUUUUUCA